AUGAGCUCCUCAGACCCCUGCACAGCAUGCAGCUGGACUAAAGAACGCCAAAAGCACUGCAGUUACAAAAGCCAGGUCAAACUAUUCUACGAAGCCGGCGACCGCGGCGUCUGGUCCCUGGGCUCAAACCUGAUUCUAAAAGAUCGUGGUUCUCGUCGCCCAACCUUUGAAGUAGCGAAUGCCCAGUUUGUACAGCAAGAGACCUCCAUCCCGGUUCCCUCGGUGGUGGAAUCCUGGGAGGAAGACGACCGCACUCUUAUUCUGAUGAGACGCGUCCCUGGUGAACCCCUUAGCAAAGCCUGGUCGAAGCUCUCUGCGGCUGAGAAAGAGAAUAUAGCGAGGCAGACGGCGGAGUAUCUGCUACAGCUGCGUGAGCUCCAGUCUGAUAAGAUACAAGCUCUUGGUGGUGGACCAGUCUACUCCAACUUCCUCUUUCAUGAUGAUCGGUCGGACCUUCCCCAUGGUCCUCUGGCGUCUGAUGAUGAGCUCUGGGAUGAUAUGGAGAAGGGUCUGCAUGAAUCUGUGCUGCCUGAUGCGCGUGUGCGACUUCAAGGACGUAUGCCGCCUGCUGCGCCUUAUACCUUUACGCAUGGUGACCUCACGAAUGUCAAUAUUAUGGUUGAGGACGGCUGUCUUACUGGAAUUAUUGACUGGGAGGUGUCCGGAUACUUUCCGGUAUGGUGGGAGUAUGUCUGUACCUCUGUUCCUGACAGUGAAGAGGACAGGGAGUGGAAGACUUUGUUACGAAAGUAUAUGCCUGACCAUAGUGCUGCUCGGGAAUUCUGGCUGGAUUAUUGGUAUCUGUGCCGGGAUCCGAAGCAUGAGAGAGCGACUAGGUUUCUCCAGGGAACAGGAAACGAGGCUUUGUAG